UUAUAUCCAGAGCAGCGAUGAGGGUUGGCAGAGCGUCAAAUGAGGACCUCAUUACACCAGUUUGAGUAAACUUUCCCAGUAUUUUGGUAUGUUGAUAUCAGAAAACACGGAGUGACAAUGCAGAUCCUGACUCCUCAUGUUUACUGGGCUCAGCGUCACGGAGAGAUUUAUCUCCGGGUGGAACUGAGCGAUGCCAAGAACCUUGACAUCAGCCUGCUAGAAAACAACACACUUCAGUUCAGAGCACAGGGCCAUGGAGCUAAAGGAGAUAAUGAAUAUGAGUUCAGUUUGGAGUUCCUGCGACCUGUCAGAUCUGAGAUCAACCACAGGUCCACCCAGCGUCAAGUUGACAUCAAGAUCAAGAAGCAGGAGGAGCACUGGUGGGACCGGCUGACGCUGCAGGAGAAGAAGCCUCUGUUCCUGGCUCCUGACUUCGACCGCUGGCUGGACGAGUCCGAUGCCGAGAUGGAGCUUCAGGCUAAAGAGGAGGAGAAGAUAAACAGGAUCAGUGUGGAGUCGAGAGUUCGUAAAGACCCCUACCUCGGUUUGAAGAAAGGCUACUUGUUUAUGUACAACCUUGUGCAGUUCCUGGGAUUCUCCUGGGUCUUUGUCAACAUGACUGUUCGACUCUUCAUUCUUGGUCAAGACUCAUUCUACGAUACCUUCCACACCACAGCUGAUAUGAUGUACUUCUGUCAGAUGAUGGCCGUGCUCGAGGUCAUUAAUCCCUUGUUGGGUCUGGUGAAGACUGGAUUUUUUCCUGCUAUGAUACAGGUUACGGGGAGGAACGUCAUUCUGUUCGUCAUCUUCGGCAGCCUGGAGGAGAUGCAGAACAAACCUGUCGUCUUUUUCGUCUUCUACCUCUGGAGCACCAUUGAGAUCUUCAGGUACCCUUUCUACAUGUUGGCCUGCGUCGGCACAGACUGGAAGCUGUUAACGUGGCUCAGAUACAGCCUGUGGAUCCCUCUGUACCCGCUGGGGGUUAUAGCUGAGGCGGUGGCUGUGAUCCAGUCCCUGCCCAUCUUUGAUGAGACCCGUCUGUUCAGCUUCCCCCUCCCUGCAGUGCUGGGUCAGUCUUUGAGCUUCUCCUACAGUCUGCAGCUCUACCUGGUCCUUAUGUUUCUAGGACUCUUCAUCAAUUUCCGACACCUGUACAAGCAGAGGAGGAGACGAUACCGCUCAAGGAAAAGGAAAGUCCACUAACUGAUCAGCACAUUUAGUUUGCACACACUCUGAACUGCCGUCCACGUAAAGUUAAAGCAGCUGUUCUCUUCUUACUGCCUUUUCUCAUCUUCCCUCACACACAUAAUCACAGUGACCUGAUGGUGGGAUACUAGUCACCUUUUCCCUCCACUGGGUGAAUGGUUAACCUUGUCCAGACCAAAUUCUGUAAAUCCUACUGUACCAGCUCUUUGCCUCCCUGUCGAAUGGACAGUUAAUCCAGUUUGUUUGAGUUGUUAUCAUAUCAUGUCAUAUGACAUUAUCAUUAUAAAAUGUCCAUAUUCACAACGGUGAAAAUGAAUAAUGAAACCAGUGGUGAACAGUGGCCAAAUUGUAUUAUUUAUUUAUGCAAAUGUAAGACCAGUUCAUUAUUGGAUAUUAAAUAUUAAUAUUAAAGUUACUGUUCACACCUGGAGUAGAAAAACCAUUGAGGAGCUGUUCCUUGUACCAAAUUGCUGCAACAGGUUUGUCGUAUUUAUCUUUCACAGUAUUUAGAAAAUCACGUCCUUCUUGGUUCAGAAAUAAUAUUGUUAACAACAAAACAGCUAUUUAAAAAACAUGUUUUUUACCUGUUUACAAGUCACAAAUCUGUUACUGUCAACAUGUUAUUGCAUGUGAAUACACUUGAAAGUCAACACAGUUUUAAUUCUCUCUCUGUUGUGGUGUGUUCAAGGAUGCUUCAGUAUCUGAGGAUUUACAAUUUUCUGCAGCAUUUUAAUACAAGAGACAAGCAAAUUCAUACGAAUGUCUCCCUGCUGUCCAUGUUUGGUUGUUUUCCUCUGGGUAUUAAUGUCUGAAAACACAGCUUGUAGACAAAAUCAGAAGACUGUGAAUUCCCGAGCAUUGGAACGUACUUCGACACACCAUGAGCGUUUGAAAGUGUUCGUUGCUUUAGGUCUCUGCAAGUUGAUUUUGAACUUGUAGGUUCUUGGAAAAGCAGACAGCUGUGAUGUAAAGCUCAUAUCCUGAAACACUUUUUUUGUGGUUCUUGUAUCAAUAGGAAAAUUAUUUCAUAUUUUGAAUGAAAACACAGUGAGAUUUUUAAGUUUCAAUGUUUGUUGUUUUCAGAAGUGCAUUCCUAACACUGAGCCUUGGAUGAAGGGAUCAAUCGUUUACUGCUUUGAAUAUUAUAAUGAAGCCAUUCAAAGUAAUGUAGAGUAAAUAUUUAACUUUUUGGACAGAAUCACAAUGUUUCAUAAAGGCCAAGACAUUAGUUUUAUUGGUGAUUUGCAACAGACUAUGCUUCAACCUCAUAACCUAAACAUUUUUUUUUUCUCCCCGCGGCUGCAAGAGCACGAUGGCUGGAAAUGAUGUAAACUGUGAAUGAAAACCCAAUGAAGUACAAACCCUGAAAUCCUGUGAUGUGAAACCGGUCUGUGAUGUUUCACAACAGAAAGCUAGGAGUACACCUGUAUAAUCACUGUAGCGAGCUGAGCCGAUUAACUACUGGAAAUCAACAAAAGCAAGAUAUUCAGCGGGUGUUCAGUCACUGUCUAACGUUGGUCGAGGUGUAGACGUAUCACAAUUUUCACACCUCUGUAUUUGUUCACUUUGAGCUCUUGAAAUAGUUGGACAAUUUGAGAAGAGAGAAAGGACUGACCUCUAGUUCAUUUUUAGUGAAAUAUUUAUCGUAGCUUGUAGCUAUUAUUCCCAAUCCGUUCUGCAAGAUCGAGGCUGAUUUCAGUUCCAUGGUCCAGUUCUCUCUGGACAGAGGAGUGUCUCGCUGCUUCAACCUAAUGUAUUGAAUUUUUUAAUUUAGUUUGGUGCCACCUGGUGGUAGUAUCACAAAAAUACAGCAAUGCAUGCCACCAUGGUUGUGACCCAGGAAUAGAAAGCAACACUCAGAUUCAAUUUCCAUAGAACUUGUUUGAUUUUUACUACACACAAUAACAAUUUAAAAUGCCAUAAUCACAUUAAAAUUGUGCACCAAGGGGUUUGAAAGAAGCAGUUUGUAUUUCGCUUUUAAGAUAGAUGCCACUUUCUGAUAAGGCACCAUUUCUAAGUUUGUAAUGGCUUUAUUAAUAGUCAGUAAAAUCAUUUACUAAGUCGUUAUCGAUCAGUUAUAAGCCAUUAAUAACAACCUUUGGUCUGACAAGUUGUGGAUAAUAUUCUUCCAGCAUGACACUAGCACUCAAAGACCGCUCCAAGCCACCAAGUCUGCAGUUCUGAUGUUUGGAAGUCAUUAAUAAAGGAUAAGACAUUUCUCAAUUUGUAAUAAGCCAUCUGCAAAGAUCAGUCAGUGACCGAUAAAUGUUAUUGAUUAAUUAGAGGCUGUACAGUGCUCCAGUCUCCCUUGUGAAUUAAGAGCUAAAAAGACAAAUAGUGGAGGAGGAUUUUCCACAACCUGUUAACCCAGAUGUUUGUCUUAUUAAUUAAUGGCUUAUAACUGACCUGUAAAGCAUAGGUAAAUGAUUUACUAACCACUUGUAAAGCCAUUGAUUAAAUGAAAUGAAGUCACCACUUUACACUUGCACUCAUUGUCUGACAGAUUGAUGAUCAGUGCUGUAUUGAUGGAAAGAUGAUCAGGAUCGAUAAAUAUCCUGAUGAGCCGUCCACCCCAUGUUCUCAUUAUUUUAACCACAGUCUGAGCAUGAACUCAAAAUCUGAAUGGCUUGAUUUCUUUCUUCUUUUUUUCUUUCGUUGCUUCCAAUGUGUUCACCAUUGAGCCUUCACAUUUAUUUGUUUAUAUUUAUUUGUGUUCACUGAAGUUGUUGCUUUUAAUUUGUUUCCUGUUGAUCUUUGUAAGGGUUGCCUCUUGGGGAGUGAUGUGCAGCGGACACACAGGUUGAUGCAGACACUCUUACAUGGCCAUUUAUUGCAUUUUCAAAAGUCUGUAGGCGAAUUCAGACCAAUGCUGUGUUUGAUUAUAACUCACUUAUGGUUUCCUGACCAAAAAAAACAUUAAAUAUUGGAAUUCCUA